AUGUGUUGCUUUACACCAGAGGUAGUGCACUGAUGUAGGAUGUUUGUGGAUAUUUGGGCUUGGUCUUUAUUUUACUCCCCUCGAGCUGCAUGGAGAAGUUUUAAAUGACCAGGUUACCUGUUUAAACGUUUUAAUGAAUACACAGGGUUUAGAUAAGGCCAAAGUCUUAUAUAUCUAAUAAUGUUGUGUUUUAUAGUGAGUUAAUUAGCCUAUACAUGUGUUGUAACUCCUGUAAGCGCACUGGGUUCAGUUAACUGACAAUAUGAUGGACGGGGAAGAUUUGGAAGAAAGUGUUUUUAUUCAUUUGGACGUCGAGAGUCUUAAUCCUCUGAGCAUUAAACAUGAGAAACGAGAGCAAUCCGAGUUUUCCACCACUCGCAAAUGCUACUCUUAUUUAAAGAAGAAGACCUUCGCAACAUUUGUGGAGUCUAAAAGGACCCCGAAGUCUGAACUAAACACCUCAUCGCUUUGGCUCUGUUGUGACGAAGCAUUCUCAGACCCUUCGUCCAUCCACAAGCACGUUUCCAAUGUCCAUGCGAACGAGAUUGACGAGCUCACCAGUGCAGCACUGGAUCAGACGCUAAGGCAAGCCAACGCUAAUGGCUCCAUACAAGACCACGAGAACAACUACGGGAAUGCUCCCUUCUGGAUGCCUGAUAAAAGCCAUGUUUCCGAGGACGAGCUUAGCGAAGGUCCAGGUGAAGUCAUCUUGUAUUAUUGCUAUUGUCAGAUAAAAGAGCCUAGGAUCAUUUGUGACUGGCAGAAUAAGCUGUGUUCAAAGCUUCGCCUCACCGGCAAGGUACGCGUGGCCACAGAGGGCAUUAAUGGAACAGUUGGCGGAACAAAAACAGCCACGAGCCUUUACAUCAAGGCAAUGCUGGCACAUCCCAUAUUCCAAGUAAUGAAGGUGGAAGAUUUUAAGACCAGUGAAGGUGGUGCUAAGUGCUUUGGUGAUCUUAAGGUUGGAGUGUAUAAAGAAAUCGUCCCCAUGGGUGUGGAUCCAGAUAUAAUCUCCUACAAAUUAGCAGGAACACAUCUGGACCCUCAAGAGUUCCACAAGGAGGUGGAGUCUCUCCUCAAAAAUGGCUCCUCAAACAAUGAUACAAUUUUGCUGGACUGUAGAAACUUCUAUGAGAGCAAAAUAGGUCAGUUUAAAAAUUGCUUGGCGCCGGAUAUCCGAAAAUUCAGCUACUUUCCUGACUACGUGGACAAGAACCUGGACCUGUUCCGCAAUAAGAAGGUUCUGAUGUACUGCACUGGGGGGAUACGGUGUGAACGAGGGUCAGCAUAUCUCUGCUCGAAAAACGUAUGUAGGGAAGUUUACCAGCUGAAGGGCGGCAUUCAUAAGUACCUGGAGCAGUUUCCUGACGGGUUCUACCGCGGCAAGCUUUUUGUGUUUGAUGAGCGUUACUCAAUCGCCUUCAACAGUGACAUCAUCUCAGACUGUAGGUACUGCGGGACUCAGUGGGACAAGUAUCAGCUCUGCUCUACUGAUUUCUGCUGCCAGCUUGUUUUAUCCUGCACAUCUUGCAGACAGAAAGGCUUUACAGCCUGCUGCCCUGUGUGCCAAGCCAAAGAGCAGGUGGUCAGCAGCAGCCCGUCGAGUAGCCGUGUGCAUAAAGAAGAGUGCGAGUGUACCCAAUCCCGACCCAGAAUCCCUAAAGACAUUUAAGGAUGAGCAAGACUCCUGUUGUCUGGCAGUACAGAAAAUAAAGUUGUGUUUAGGAAAAGGCCUUUGUGAAUGAAUAGAAAGUUGUAGACAGAGUUUGAUGCAGGGCCGGACAAUAUGACUAUGACAAUAUCAUGACAAAAUAUUUCCCAUUCUUUUAUUAAUUUUUUAACAGUUAUAUUUUAGGAACAACCGAUUUGAUCACUUUUAUAGUGAACCUUUUGAACCGCUAAACUUUUACAAAAUAAUAAAGUUACCACUAAAGUCAGUUUUUCACAGACUUGUUUUUUUUUGGUUGCAGUCUCUAACCAAGUCUAUGCAUUUUGAUAAAUGAUGUGUCUUGGAAAUGUCAUGUGUCUUGAAAUGUUUGUCAUUUGAGAAAAUCAAGUUGUUCUGCACAGUCACUAUCUGUUUACUGCAUUAAAGAACAAUUUCUAUAUUUUUGACUUUUAAAACAUCUCAUUACAUGAA